AUGGGUGGCGGCCGAGUGGCACCCCGAUGGCUGGGCGGUGGUCAGCCAGAAAAAGAGGCUAGGUGGAGGCUAGAAAAUGAGGUGGCCAGAAUCGGCGGCGGGGGCCAUGGAGGAGCUCCGGUGGUGGAGGAGCUCGGCGGGGGCGGUGGUGCAGUGGAGGGCACCAGUGGCUACAGGGCCAGAACCAAUGGUGGCGGCCAGGGAGGAGGUCCAGUGGUGGCGGUGGGUGCUACAGGCAACAACCGGGGAAGCUGGAGGCCAGGGCUGAGCGUAGGGGCCGGGGCUCAGUGUGGGGGCCGGGGAAGCCGGAGGCCAGGGAGCCGAAGGCUGGGGCUGAGCUGGGGGCCAGGGGCUGGAGGACUGGCAGGGGCUUGGGAAAAAAUGCCGGUGGUGCUAUAUGGGCCUGCAACAUGGUAG